CGCGGCUUGGAUCACAAAUAGGACCAGUGCGCAUGCGCUGUCCCUACCGUUUACUGUAUAUUCACGGUGGAAAAAGGAGAACGGGCAACAAAAUCAAGAUUUUUUUUACAGCAAAGUGGCUCCCGCUAUAUAAAUAAUCUCCAGGGAGACAAAGAGAGAAGUCAACAGGGAUUUAGGUGUGAUGAGACAAAAGAACAAAGGAUGCCUUAGAAGAGAGACUGCUUUCAAGCCUGGAUCGUGUUGUAAAGCACAUCGAUGGAUCUGUCUUUCCCCCGUGCCUGCAGAUCAUGAGACGUGAUUAAGCUAUUAUCUUAUGAUCCCUCCAUCUAUGGCGAACUACAGCCAUGCAGCUGACCACAGCAUCUUGCAGAACGUGUCUCCGCUGGCCACCUUCCUCAAACUGACAUCCCUGGGUUUCAUCAUCGGAGUCGGCGUGGUCGGCAAUCUCCUGAUCUCCAUCCUGCUCGUCAAAGACAAGAGCCUGCACCGGGCCCCAUACUACUUCCUGCUGGACCUCUGUGCCUCUGACAUCCUACGCUCUGCCAUUUGCUUCCCCUUCGUCUUCACCUCGGUCAAGAAUGGGUCGGCGUGGAUGUACGGCACGCUGACCUGCAAGGUGAUCGCUUUCCUGGGGGUCUUGUCCUGCUUUCACACCGCCUUUAUGCUCUUCUGCAUCAGCGUCACCCGCUACCUGGCCAUAGCGCACCACCGCUUCUACACCAAGAGGCUGACGUUCUGGACCUGCCUGGCCGUCAUCUGCAUGGUGUGGACGCUGUCGGUGGCCAUGGCCUUCCCUCCGGUCCUGGACGUGGGGACCUACUCCUUCAUCAGGGAAGAGGACCAGUGCACCUUCCAGCACCGCUCCUUCCGAGCCAACGACUCCCUGGGCUUCAUGCUGCUGCUGGCCCUCAUCCUCCUCGCCACUCAGCUUGUCUACCUCAAGCUAAUCUUCUUCGUCCACGACCGCAGGAAGAUGAAGCCGGUGCAGUUCGUGCCGGCCGUCAGCCAGAACUGGACCUUCCACGGUCCAGGGGCCAGCGGUCAGGCAGCGGCCAACUGGCUGGCGGGGUUCGGCCGGGGCCCGACACCGCCCACCCUGCUGGGGAUCCGGCAGAACACCAACGCGGCGGGCCGGAGGCGGCUGCUGGUGCUGGACGAGUUCAAAACGGAGAAGAGGAUAAGCAGGAUGUUCUACAUAAUGACGUUUUUCUUCCUGACCUUGUGGGGCCCGUAUCUGGUGGCCUGCUACUGGAGGGUGUUUGCCAGGGGGCCGGUGGUGCCAGGGGGGUACCUGACCGCCGCUGUCUGGAUGAGUUUCGCUCAGGCUGGAGUCAAUCCAUUCAUCUGCAUUUUCUCCAACAGAGAGCUGAGGCGCUGUUUCAGCACAACGCUGCUCUACUGCAGAAAAUCCAGGUUACCAAGGGAACCCUACUGUGUUAUAUGAAGGCUUGUUUCUGUGAUUGAUCUCCGGGCUGUCCCGUUGUACAUCUCUCCCUUUUUUUUUUCAGCGGGCAGAACUUAGACUGUCAGUCACUCGUUUUCAGAAUAUGAUAAAACGCAGAGAGAGUGGAGGGAACCUGAGGAAGAAUUCUGGGAAACAAAAGGUCCUCCAGUGUUUAUGUUCUAGUAAACCAUUGUUGUGGAACACUGUUGGAAGCUACAAAAAAGGAUGGGAACAAAAGACUGAGC